UGUCAGGAGUCUGAGCAGCCACGGACGGAUUAUUUCAUCCGCACGCUCACAGUGGAGUUCGAUCAUGAGACCCGGCGAGUGACGCAGUUCCAUUACGUGAACUGGCCCGAUCACGACGUCCCGUCAUCCUUCGACUCCAUUCUGGACAUGAUCGCUCUGAUGAGGGAGUAUCAGGAGCAUGACGACGUUCCCAUCUGUGUCCACUGCAGUGCUGGCUGUGGACGCACAGGAGCCAUCUGUGCAAUCGACUACACGUGGAACCUCCUGAAAGCUGGGAGUAUUCCUGAAGAUUUUAACGUUUUCCAGCUGAUUCAGGAGAUGAGGACACAGCGGCAUUCAGCAGUUCAGACCAAGGAGCAGUACGAGUUAGUUCAUCGAGCGAUCGCACAGCUCUUCCAGAAACAGCUGAUGCUUUUGGAGAGUCCGACUAACACUGAGCUCCCAGACGGGACUCUGCAGGACGAGGGCAGCCCAGAAAAGCCUGGUCAGAAUUCAGAUGAGGAGAGAUGGGACACGCCCCCUCCUAAACCGCCCCGCAUCCGCAGUCAUCAGGCCGAGGGCGACGUGAAGGAGGAGAUUCUGCAGCCUCCAGAGCCACGGCCCGUUCCACCCAUCCUCACGCCGUCUCCACCCUCGGCCUUCCCUACGGUCACACACGUGCGGCAGGACAACGACCGCUACCAUCCCAAACCCGUCCUGCACGUGCUGGCGUCUGACCAGAACCCUGACCUCAACGAGAACUACAGCAAGCCGGGGCAGGACGGUCCGGAGCGGCGCCUGGAGCACACGCUGGCCAUCGAGAUCAGGAAGGUGCCGCUGCAGGAGGGUCCUCGCAGCUUCGAGGGGAACAGCGCUCCGCAGCGAUCACACACCCUCAAGCUCUCCAACACCAGCUGUGUGUGUGAGGAGUGUGACGAGCCUCUGCGACCCGACCUCCUGCUGCUGAAGGAGAAGAGUCAGUCUGAGUCCGGCCGGACAGCACUGAGCUUCACCAACCCACUGCACUCGGACCCCCCCGACACACUCUCCACGAGCAGCAGCACACAGCACAGAGACCACACCCCCCCCAGAGUCACACCGACGCCCACCACCCACCAGAGACCGCCCACACACACCUCGAACUGUGACGACAGUGAAGAUUUGCCCCCGCCUGUUCCUGAGCGAACCGCUGAGUCCUUCCUGUUGGCCACAGACCCCGCAGAUGUGAAGCCGCCGGCGGCCGAAGUGUCUUCAGACGAGGCGUCUGCAGACACACAAGCUCCUGCUCGUCCUCCACAGAGCGGUACGUCACAGUUUCCCUCGUCACAAGUGUGUGUGUGCAGCGAUGCUGAGCAGAAGAACAGAAAGGGUCCAGGUUCGCCUCUGAAGGACAGGAGAGCAGAGACGGAGACCGGAUUCAGCAGCUGCUGCUCGGAUCCCAAAGACCCUCGGGAGCCUCCCUCGGAGUGGACGUGACCGCGGCACCCAUCCGCUCUACACUACACGCUCCUCUUUCUUCUAUAAGUGCCACUGUAGACGGACGGCGUCUCUUCUCUGACUAACACAAUCAGUAAAGCUGCAAAGAUAAUCUCCCAUGAUGCACCUGGCAGUGCUGGUGCUGAGCCUGCUGUACUCCUGGAUCUGUUCCUCUGCAGUAGUUUAGACUGAGAUCAGACGACGCGCGCCGGAGUUAAUGAUGAUGCUGACGUACUAUCACUGAAUAUAUAAAUGCCAUGCAAGACGUCUGUGCAUGAAAGAGUCACGUGUACCUCAAACUCUAAGUUAUUUGCUCUUCUGUUAGAACAAACGUGUUCAGGGCUGUGUUCUCUUUUCUCCUCGUUUCUUUGCGUUCGUCGGCCGGUGUGUAUCAGACGCUCCACGAGACGCUUCACGAGACGCUGCAGGCUGGAGAUUGUAUUGAUGAUGUUUUUUUGUAAAUUGUAAUCUAGAGGUUAUUUUUGUAUAUGCCAUUUUCUCACUUCACGACCUUUUUCUACUGUGUGUGUGUUUGAGACUCAGAGAGAAUGUGUGUGUGUUACAUAACGUCACAUUUAAACCUCAACCUUCAAACACAGACCUGUCAAUCAAUCAAUCAAUGUCAGUAAAACAUUAGGAGGAAAAA